GGUGCAUAAUAGGACCAUUUUCAAGAAGAGAAAGAGGUUUUCCGCGCGAUGGGACGAGCAGUCACGAACAACAGAAGAACAGAAGCACAGAAGGACAGAAGUCCAGCCAGCAAAACAAGCCAAGGCACAGAGCGGCCCCGCUCUGAUCAUUCCGCAUUUUGCAGCCCGUAGCAAAUUAGCUAACCCACCUCGCCCACCACUGGGCAGGCGGGGCACCAAUACAUUCGUUACCCCCCAAUCUGCUCGGCCGUCUGCGAGGAACUGUGAAUACCGGGGUAUACCAUGCCGGUACCUCUCGCUUGACCAAGAGACGCGUCUUCCUGCUUCGCAACAAGGCUGCCUCUGCAGCUACGCACGCUCGCCAUUGAGACGGUAUCGAUACAUGGCUGCUAAUUCGGGCUAUAAACGAGAAAGCUUGCACCACCUGGCUGUCGAUGAAUCCGGAUACGCGUGUCGCAUCCGGCAUCAGCAUUGCACCGUUUCUGUUUCUUGCGAAUCAUAUUUCGUCGGCAGCCAAACCAGCAAGACGAUGGGCGACUCGCCACGGGGCAUGCACCUCCGGACGGGGUCCGCCUCCAUGAUCGGCGCCGAGACAAGCUCCGCGGAAGACUACCUCGCGCGCUUCCUCACGACCAAGCUCUCGUGGAAGGGCAAGUACGAGCGCAUCUUCGCACUGACCUCGACGCGCUUUUGCACGCUCGACCCCAAGGACUUUGACCUGACCAACACGUGGUCGUACGCCGCCUUUGUGGGCCUCGACCUCGACCCGACCGACGACCAGGUCUUUACCAUAGCGUUCAAUGGCCCCAAGAAGGAAGAGCAGCUCAAGCUCCGGUACAAGUACCGGUCGUACCUCGUGAGCGAGUUCCUUCGCUUGCACGCGGCCUUUUGCACGGGGUCGCCCGUGCCUGGCGCGGCGCCGGCGCCAGCGGUGGCCUCGAUCGCGUGCACCAAGCUCACGCGCCACGACACGGAAAUCAACUGCGUUUUGGACGUGGCCGUCGACGCGAUCCUCUUCAAGCAGCCGCUCGCGUCGAGCAGUAGUAGUACGAACGCGAUGCCGGUGCCCCUCGGUCGCUACGCCUACACGGAUCUCGACCAUGUGACGUCCCUCGCCAACUCGACGACCGGCUUUGUCCUUGGGUAUGGCGGCAAGGACAAGAUUUUCUUCUCGUCCGACCGCCGGGUGGUACUUGGCCUCAUUGAGAAAGCCGCCGGCCGCGUUGGCGUCCGGCUUACCUCGCGCGGGGCGCUCACGGUCGAGAGCGUCAAGGAGCACCGGCGUCGGUUUGGCGACGACGGCGGCGAACUCAUGGGCGAGUUCUCCGUUCAAAAGUACUCUCCACGCUACGAGGCGCCUGUUCGCCGCAUCCUGCGCGUGCAUACCAAGGUGGUCCUCGAGAUCGAUGGCACUGACGUCGUCUCGCGCACACCGCUCAAGCAGCUCUUUGGCCUUGUCCGCACAGGGGCUUCCAAGUCGCGCUUUGAAGUUGAGCUCGUCAAUGGCCAGCGUCGCAUGUACGCGUCACGGGACCGCGAUGCGCUCCUUGCGUCCCUUGUCGACGCGUACGGCGUCCUCGCCGAGGCCAACGACGUGCUCUCGAUUGCGCCGACGCCGAGCCACAGCGGCCUCCGCCUCCUCCCGCGUUUCGCGACCGAAGACCCGACCGAGACGCGCACCUUCUUUGGCGACGCAUCGAUCGGGUCGAUGUUUCUCAAGCGACUCGCGGCGGUGGGCAAGUACACAGCGGGCACGGGCCACCGUGCCGGGGUGGCGGCCGGUCGCGGACUGGUCUCGAUCGCGUGCGAGCUCAACGCCAACGUCCCCUUGACCGGCAUCCAGUACUAUACGAAGCGGUCGAUCAUUGCCGAUGCGCUCAAGCCGCUCUCGUUCCAGCUGCGGACGGUCGCGACGUGCUCGCCGCCAGCGCCCAAGAUGGCCGUCGCGCUGCUCCAGUGCUUUUGCCGCAUCGCAACUUCGUACUACGGCUUCCUCGACAUGCUCGGGCUGCCCCACUUUAUCGAAAACAUGGUGCACUUUCUCCAAGCCGAGGACGCACUCACUGUGUACUGGGCGUCGCUCCUUCUCCAGCGGCUCUCGAUGCACAAGGGCGCGGGUGCGUCCGCCGUCGGCGACGACGGCAUGGAGCCCAUGGCGCGCGGGUCCAGCGCCGAUGCCGAGAUCUCCAACAAGCGGCUCAUCUUUGCUGACGCCAAGCUGCUGCAAUCGCUCUUGGCGCCGCUUCAACUGCGACCCAACGGUCAGUUGGCGUCGCCGCUCAUGCACCUCGGCGUCCUCGGCACGCUCGAGCCGGCGCUCUGCUCACGGCGUGCGACUACCGACCCCAAGGACGUUCAAGUGCUUGUGACGGCGCUCGUACCCUUCUACGACACGCUCAUCCGCCUCCUCUUUCGGUCGUACUGUGCCGCCACCGUCGAGGCGUGUACGCUGCUCGUGCAAACCGUCUUGGAGCUGUGUCCGAUCGACGUGGCGAGCUCGAUCAAAGACGCGGCGCUGCGCGAAGGGCUCGUGCUGCAGCACCUCUACCAAGCGAUCUUUGAUGCCGCGUUUGACCAACGCGUCGUGAGUCGGUACCUCAUUUCGAUGUGGAUGAGCCACCACCCGCCGGCGAAGAAGCUCUUGUCGCGGCUGCUGCCCCCGGGUUUGGUCUCAUGCCUCGAGAUGCGCCUCUUGUCCCAAGCCGAGAGCUACCAGCUCGACGAGCUCGAGAAGGCGUCGUUUGAGCACCACAAGGUGUCGUUCUUCAACGCCGACCUCUCGCCGACGCAGAGUGCGUCUCUUGCGAGCCGCCCGGACGACGCGGACGACGACGAAGACAGCUUUGUCGCAAGCAUGCGCCGGCCCAACGCGGCGUCCGACCACGCGCUGUUUGAGGAGGAUGUGGCCGACACCAUUGUGCUGCCGUCGUCGAUGACGGCCAGUACGCGAAGCGAGCUCUUCCCGACCCGCAGUGAAGGUGCGCGGUCCAACGUGCCCGACGUCGCCUUGCCUCGGCUCGUGGGCAAGCUGCACUCGGAGCCCCGGCAGUCGCCAAAUGUCUACCAAGACCCGGCGCCGCGUCGCGCGCAUCGGCCAACGUCCGGCGUCGGCAUGCAUCUCUCGCUGCUCAAACGCGCGUUUGUGACGCGUCGGCCGUCGACUGUGCCCUCGGACGCCGCCGUGAUCAAGCCGCCGGAGAACUUUCGCAUCCUCUUCCACAUGCUGCAGCAAGACCACGACACGGUCGACUUGCUCUGGACGGGUACGACACGCGACGAGCUCCGCGCAGCCCUUGUGCGCGAGAUCCAAGUGUUUCGAGAUCACCAGGCCCACGAAGCGCGCGCAGUGUGGAACUAUGAGGAGUUCCGCGUGACGUACCACAGCCUCGCCUCGGCACUGGUGGUUGAUGGGCUGCACUUGCGCCGGCUGGUCGCAGUCCAAGCCUCCGACGACGACAACGACAACGACGACGACGAAGAGGACACGUGGCAGCCGCCUUUGCACAUGGAAGACAUGUUGCUCAAGCAACCGAAGCGGUUUGUCUCGGCGCUCUACAAGCGCUUCUUGCGCGAGUACCCGUACGCCGAGUUCCGCGGGCAGUUGGUGACGACGACGACGAUCCUCCAUGUCCUUGCCCGCGUCGCGUGGCUCUACGAAGGCCAGUACACCUUGUGUGCCGACGACGUUCACCAUGUCGUGACGCUGCUCACCGAGACGCGGCGCAAGGACAUUCUUCUCGCUGGUCUGCGCGCCCUCCGAGCGAUCACCAAGUGCCCGGCCCAUGCCGCCAAGUUGCUCUCAAGCGAAAGUGCGAUUCCAUGGCUCGUGCAGCUGGCGCAGAUGGCGCACGUUGCCCAACGGAUCGAGCAUGAUGACGCGCAUGCGUCGUGGUGCGUCCAUCUCGGUGACGCGCCGUGCACCGGGCCACUCACGGUCGCUGGUCUUGCGGCGGCCAUCGCCGACAUCGACGUCAAGGCGUGUGUCUUCCAUGUACACGAUGGUACGAGUGAUGAUUGCGUCGGGCGGUGCCAGCCACUGGAUGUCAUUCCGCAGCUGCGCUGGGAGCUCGGCUUGGAUGCGACGAUCGCGACGUCGGCGGUCGCCGUUGCCCACGAUGCUAUUCACAUUGUGUGCGACCUCUUGCAUGCCAACCCGCUUCUCAUUGGGACCACCAAGGUGUUUCCGACGCCGGCGGCGAUGCGGCAGACGCACGAACACCUCGCAAAGCUCGUGCCACUCCUUGCGCAGUACGAGUGCCCGGGGCUCGCCGAACACGUUGGCCACAUCCUCGUCACGCUCUUUGACGGCCAGCUGCCGAUCGACGACGUGUACCUCAGUGGUGUCUUUUACUUGCUCUUUUGCUACAACGGGUCGGCGUUUGCGGACUUUGGCCGGUUCCUCCAGCUCGCGUACGCCAAGCAAGUGCGUCCGGACGGCACGCCCCGCGCGAUUCUGCCCGAGCUCCUGCCUGCUGCGAUGCUCUUGCAUCUCGAGCGCCUCUCCAAGCACCAAGUGGCCGACCUCUACUGCACCAACGACAUUGCAACACCCAAGGUCAUUUGGAAUUCGCGCAUGCGGGCGACGCUCCGGGACGCGUGCGUGGCGCACGUGGCCGACUUCAAGCGCGCGUUGACGCAGCAGAUCGCAAGUACGUACACGUAUGCACCAAUGGCGCCGGUGCGCUACGCCGAUCUCGACGACGAGGUCUAUGUCUUUGGCUUUUACUUGGACCAGUUUGUGCGUGCGAUCGACUCGGGCGACGUCGUACCGCUCGACGACGCCAGCGCCUUUCUGCGGCAGCUCACGGUGGCGUGGCGCGCCGAAGUGGACCGCCCCGGUGCGUCCAUGACGCGCGAAGAGGCCGCCGACGUCCUCGGGCUGGCGUCGCCGACGGCUGAUUGGAGUGCAAUUCGUGCAGCGUACAAGAUCAAGGCGACGGCGACGUGCCCCGAGUACGCCUUGGACGACCGCGGGCAGUUUGACGACGUGCAGGAAGCGUUCGAGGUGCUCACGGCGCCCCGCCCGAGUCUCUUGACGCCCGGGUACGAUGCCGUGCGCUUGCGCCUCAUUUUGCAGACCCAGGUCCGCCUUUGCCGAUUCUAUUCGACGCAGCUCUACACCGGAUCGGCGUUUGAUCUCUUUGGCCUCCUCUUGGCCUUUUUACAAGAGCAUUGUACAUCGUCGGCGCGCGUGCCGAGCCUGACGACGCCGCGCGAGCACGAUGAGCUCGUGCGCUUGGCCGCCGAACUCCUCCUCGAGUCGUGUGUCGUGCUGCCGGCGGCCAACGGCGCGGCGCUGCUGGCCGAAGCCAAGCGCGACGUCCUCGAGGACGUGCUCACGCACUGCGUCGACCAUUUGUGUGUUGCGAGCAGCGACGUCGAUGCGUCGCUGUACGCCGAAGUCGCCAGCCACGUUGUGCAAACGAUGGCCAUGCUCGUGACGACGCCGGCGGGGCGCGACUGGGUACUAGCGAGCGACAGCCUGUUGCGCGACCUCUGGCGUCUUCUCUGGCUCUUCCAGCUGCGCCUCGACGACAGCAGUGCGGGCUACCUCUACCGCAGUGUACGCUACGCGCUGGAAGCGAUCAUGGCCAUGACCGAAUCCCGUCCACUCCAGGACAAGCUCGUGACAUCCACAGGCAUUCUCUGGCAUUUGCUGCAGCUGCUCUUUGCGUACGACCCGUCGCUCGACGUGUCGACGUCGCAGAUUGUCGUCCAGAACACCAUCUUGUUUGACCGCCACGCGCCGCCGUCCUCGAUUGUCGAGGUCGUGCCCGAAGCCAAGAACGUGCUCAGUGACCUGGCCCUCGGCGUGCUCGCACGGCUCUGCGGUAUCUUCCAGGACGCGCCGGCGCACAUGGCGGCGCUCGAGCUCUGCUCGGCGCUCUUGACGCCCAACGGCAUUGCGUUUCUUCGCCGACAAAAGAACCGGCACGCGUUCUUCUGCAUGUUCCACGGAGACACGACGUCGCCGCAUCUUCUUUGGACGUCGGCGCUUCGAACCGAACUUGGCGCGUACUUGGCGCCAAUUGUCGGCGACAUCGAGUCGGUCCCGAGCCGCGACGACGGUGUCCGCUUCCGCUUUGCCGCGUUGGCGACGCACUGCGUGAUUGCCAACGUCUACGUUGGUCCGCUGCUGGACGUCCUCUCGAGUGCGUUAGAGACGCCGUCGGUCGACUUGGUGCGGUCGCUUGCGUUGCCCGAGGCCUUUUACAUUGCUCUCUUCAACUUUGUCGAGAGCGGCAAGCGAGAUAUGCCCGCGUACGUCGGGUACGGCCUCGACGACGCCGCCAUCUUAGGCUACCGCGAGGUCGCGCUGCGCAUUCUCGGUUUACUCGCUCCGCUCACGCCGGCCUUGGUCGAAGUCGGCGUUCUCCGCUCCAACAGCGGGCUCUCAACUGUCAUGAGCUUUGUCCUGCCGCCGACGCACGCGCUGUUUGCGUCGUCGGCGCUCGAUGUCGGGUUUGCCCACGUUGUCGUCCCCGUCGAGCUCUUUGACCGCUUCCGAGAGAGCACGUUGCGCCUCUUGCACGUGCUUGGCUCCAGCGAGGCGAUCGGAAAUGCGCUCUUCCAAGCUGACCUCGUCGUCUUGCUCUUGCAUGCGAUUCUCGUCGAAGACGACGUGAGUGCUGAGAUGCUGCGGGUCCUCUGGCGCCUCGUGACGUCGGCGCCGUCAAUCGCUCGGUUCGUGGUCGAGUCGAUCUGGAUGUACCACCUCUUGCUGUGGCUGUUUCCCGAUGCGUCGAGCGUGACGGACCAUGACUAUGGCAAGGUCAUGCAAGUCCCCGCGGCCGAGGUCGUGACGGCACUCGCGUCACCCAACAGCGUCGUGAGCGAAGAAGCUAUGAACGUGUGCAUUCGCUUUGUGCCUGUGACGCUCGUGUACGAAAUCAUGUCGGCGCCCGCCAACGUCGAGCGCAUCGUGCAGGGCAAGUACGAGUCGCCCGACUUGGUGUGGAACGACACAAUGCGCGCGCACCUCCGCCGCGGACUGCAUCGGCUGGCGCUGCUCGUGCACCAAACCAAGGGUGGCGACGUCCACGAUGAGCUUCUCGCGCUCGACAUUGACUACGCCGAGGUGUACUCGUACCCGGUCGUCGGCGACGUGUACCUUCUCUUGUACCUUGAGAACCCGAUCUACCCCCUGCGCGACCCCAAGUUCUUUCUCGAGUGCCUCGCCGAAGACUACGAGAAGAUCGUCGGGCACUUGCUCGACGCGCCGUCGGACGCGGCCCGGUCAAGCUUCAACCCGGACCUCGUCAUGCUGCGGCGGCAGCAGGCGCAAGUUCUCCCGCUUCUCACGAGCUGCAUCAUCUGCGUCGUCCGCGUCUUCCCCGUGCUCAUCGAGACGCUGCUCUCGCUCAAGAUGCACGAGAAGGCGUGCGGCCUCUUUGUGAGUUAUCAAAGCCACCACAAGGAGUCGCGCGACGACGAGAUCCUCGUCUGCGAACAGAGUUUGCUGCGGCUCUUCCGGGUCCUCUUCACCUCGCCCAAAGUGGUGGCCACGCUCGCGUACUCGCCGUUCAACAUUCUGAGCCGGCUCUUUGCCCACGUGUACCUGCGGCGGCAAGGCGAGUACCACGCCGAGGCAGGGUUCCUCCUCGAGUGCGUUCGCCGCUUUGUGCGCAACUUUCCGGACAACGGCGACCGCAACUCGGACCGCAAUGUCGUGUCGAUUGUGUGCAGCUUCAACCUCCUCGAGUCGCUCCUCGAGCUCAUUGAGCACCCGAUGACGCUCCAGCGCGUGCUCAACCCGAUUCUGACGCGCGCCACGAUCGUCGCGAUCCUCGUCGACCUCGAGAACCACAAGACGCAGGGCACUGUAGCCCAUGGCAUCCUCAAGAAGAGCAAGAAAUGGGACAAGAUCUACCGGCACGAGCCGACCGACGCCGUGUGGAACCAGCCCGAAGACAAGUUUUUGACAGGGCCGGCCGCGUCGGCCGAUGGCAUGAUCCGGCAGUACCUUGCGCAAAAAACGCCAAGUGUCUCGACCAACACGGGGCCUGUGCCGCCGGCGCCCUCGUCGGGGAAGCGCAAGCUCAACGUCAAGGGGUUCUUCGGCCACUAAGCUCACGAACCGAAUAUAUGUGCAUUGAUCGCA